UUGAUUCUUUGAUAUCUGAUGGCAUGUUUGAAUCUGAUAAUACAAAAAAUUAUAAAUCUGGUAAUGCGGAGAAUUUUUUCAAUACUGGAUCUGUUGAUCUCUUGAUAUCCAAUGGUGUAUUGGAACCUAAAAACAUAAAAAAUUACAAGUCUUGUAAUGCAGAGAAUUUUUUUAAUGCUGAAUUCGUUGAUCCUAAUGGCAUGUUUGAACUUGAAAAUUACAAAUUUGAUAACACAAAGAAUUUUUUCAAUGCUAGAUCUAAUAAUUUUUCUUGUGCAUUCAACUUUGGUAAUUCGGAGAACUUUCUUAAUGCAUUCAACUCUGAUAAUCUGAAAGCUUUUUUUAAUACAUUUGGGCCUGGUAACAUGGAGAAUUUUCUUAAUAUGUUUGAGUCAAAUAACCCAGAAACUUUUUUUGAACAAAUUAAUAGUAAAAGGGACAAUGAACCUAUAAGAUGCACAGAAAACCUCUCAAAUUUAUCUUUAGAUAAAUCUAUUAGUUUAUUAAAUGCAAAUGAAGCUCAUGAAAAUCAAGAUAAUAGUAGAAAUUCCGAGUCACGAUAUUCUAUUUAA